AUGAGCGGAUCCAAGGCAGGUACGAAUCCAACUAUCCAUUCACCAACAAAUUCAGUAAGAAUGGCUCCCUUCUCAUUGAAACCAUUUAUCCCCCCUCAAGUUGCUAAUCCUACAGCUUUAAAUGCAUUCCCCAGUUCUGCUCGAAUGGGCCGUAUUGUGGACUUUUACACUCGUUUGCCCAAAGGCACUGCUCCCAAAAAGUCUAGUAAUGGCUUUUUCAAUUGGUACUACGCCAAAUACCUUGGCAAAAACGCCAGUGGUGCUCCCUUACUUCAUUUGGUAGGUGCCAUUUUUAUCUUUUCUUAUGCUUCUGAGUACUUCUACCAUAUUCGUCAUCACGAACAUUAA